UGAAUGGAAAAUCCAUUAGGCAAAGUAGAGAGGCUUUCCAUCAUGCAGUGUGGAUUGUGUAUAUCUGCGGCACUUUCAACUGAAAUUUACUCAUCAUAUCGUUUCACAGGCAUGGUACCGCUCACGCCCCACAUACCAAUGCUGCGAAUUGUAGAGUGCAAUGCUGACAGAGUUCCGAAACGGUAGGUUGAAGUCGCACAACAUUCAGUUGACCCCAGGGCUUGCAACUCCCGGACCCCACUACAAUCAGCGUUAGAUUAACUGCGCACUCAACAGUAUUUGAUUGUGGGUUGAGCUCAAGGGGUGUAGAAUAUCGGCGAGGGUGACAUGUAUACAUACGACUUGGCUAUUAUGCCGUGUCUCCUUUAGCUUCUCCGUGUUUUCUUCUUACGCCAUCAUCAUGGUACGCCUCGCGAUCACAAGAGUCUGCACAACCCUCUCUUUCUUUCUACUCUUGGUUAGUCAUGCCUCGAGCCAAUCCCCAUUGGACAGACCACCUAUGCUACGCUUCCAAUGUUCGCAACUCGUCGUCGAGAGGUUAGAUCCCCUCGUGAAUCCCAACGUCGCCCCAUCUCCACAUCUCCAUCAAAUCGUUGGCGGAAACUCCUUUACUGCAUCCAUGCCACCGGUAACACACGACCUCGCCAACUCUUCCACUUGUACCAGUUGCACCUUCUCCGAAGACUUCUCAAACUACUGGACCGCAGUCCUAUACUUUCGUGCACGCAAUGGCACCUACAAACGUGUUCCGCAAUUCACUAGUGAAGGAUUGAAGGGUAACGGAGGCAUUACCGUAUACUAUAUACCAGACAUGGACAACCAAACGGCUGUCACUGCCUUCCGUCCCGGAUUUCGUAUGCUGAUCGGCGACGCAACAGCGACCACCCAAGUAUCCUCUGCACGCAAAGUGUGCUACCGAUGUUUACCAGAAGUUGGCGAAGAAAAUCGCCUUAACUGUGUAGAUCCGGAUGCUCAGACAUUCCCCAAAGGUUUCUGUCCUGGUGGAAUACGCUCUGUCAUUACCUUUCCAACUUGCUGGGAUGGUGUCAAUUUGGACAGUCCAGAUCACCAAAGCCAUGUAGCUUAUGCAAACGGCUCGCUAGAUACCGCCGUUGGGCCCACGGGAAAUUGUCCAGAAAGUCAUCCCGUCGCUAUACCGCAGGUUAUGUAUGAGGUUAUGUGGGAUACAAGGAUCUUUAAUGACGAAGCGCUGUGGCCUGAGGAUGGAACACAGCCUUUUGUGCUUAGUACUGGAGAUGCAGAUGGGUUUACCCAGCACGGCGAUUACGUCUUUGGUUGGAAAGACGACUCGCUCCAGCGAGCGAUGGAUGCGCGCUGUACCGGAGAUGUUUGUUCGGUGUUAGACUAUCAGUCUACUGAGGAAGCGAUGAAAUGCACUGUACCACGGACCAUUGACGAGGAUAUUGAUGGAUGGUUGACCGAACUUCCGGGAGGACUUAUGAAGAUCUGAUGAGGGCUGAAAUGAAAAUUUUUAGCAU